UGCAGAACCUACGCGGUCAGCUGACAAGAUUUUCCCGAUUAGAUUGCAAUCCAUGUGUAAGUGGUGCUCGCGGAUAGAUUAGCUUAGCGGUAAUCUAGUCUAAAGCUCACUUUGGACACACUUUGGCCCGGAAGACCCCCCAUGAGUACUCUUUAAGGGUAGCUUGGAAGGAAUUGAAUAGUCUGAAGCUCACUUUGGGCAAGAAGACCACCUAUGACUUCCCAUUAAGGGUAGCCUGGAAGGGUAGCCUGGAAGGAAUCGAAUAGUCUGAAGCUCACCCCCUAUGACUUCCCUUUAAGGGUAGCUUGGAAGGAAUAGAAUAGUCUAAAGCUCACUUUGAGCAAGAAGACCACCUAUGACUUCCCCUUAAGGGUAGCCUGGAAGGAAUCGAAUAGUCUAAAGCUUAUUUCGGGCCGGGAGACCCACUGUCACUGCUCUUUAAGGGUAGCUUGGAAGGAAUGGUAGGGUAGCUUGGAAGGAAUGGAAUAGUCUAAAGCUUACUUUUGGGCUCACCAGAAGACCCCCUACGACUUCCCUUUAAGGGUAGCUUGGAAGAAAUGGAAUAGUCUAAAGCUCCCUCACUUUGAGCAAGAAGACCCCCUGUGACAUCCCUUUAAGGGGGGUCGGGCUCGGAUGGAAUGGGAACAGUGCACACAGCUAGCCAGGAGCCUGCUGUCAAGAUUCGAGUCUUCGCAUCUCAUUCAAAAUCAUAUUCAUAUAUUCAAUGUUUCGGAAACUGCGCGAGCGCAUGGCUACCCCGUCGCUGAGCGAAUCCUCGGCCUGUUCCUGCGGAUCCGACAGCUCUCUGCUGCUGCGGUCUGCCGGCGGCGUCGAUCAGCUGCCAUUGGAGAGCGCCGGCGUCUACACGGCCCGCACACGCUACUACGAAUCGGAGUUCGAUACCAACGAGUCCGAAAUCCAAACCGAUACCACCGACAGCAGGGACUGGCCCCGAGAAGCGUGCGAAGAGAGUCCGGAAUAUCCCAAGUCGGUGGCCUUCAUCAUCAGCAAUGAGUUCUGCGAGCGUUUCAACUAUUAUGGCAUGCGUGCGAUUCUGGUGCUUUAUCUGACGCACAAGCUGGGCUACGACGAGGAGACGGCAACGGUACUCUUCCACGUGUUCACCAUGCUGGUGUACAUCUUUCCGCUGGUCGGAGCACUCAUCGCGGACGGCUGGCUGGGCAAGUACAGCACAAUCCUGUAUCUGUCGGUCGUGUAUAGCUUGGGCGCGAUGAUUGUGGCCUUUGGGGCCAUACCCAUAGCCGGAAUGCCCGUGAAGCUGGUGACGAUUGUGGGACUGCUGCUGAUAGCCGUGGGCACCGGCGGCAUCAAGCCGUGCGUCUCGGCCUUCGGGGGCGAUCAGUUCCAGCUGCCGGCGCAGGCCGUCGACCUGGCUAAGUUCUUCUCGCUCUUCUACUUUGCCAUCAAUGCCGGCUCCAUGAUCUCGACGACGGUGACACCCAUUUUGCGGGCGGAUGUCUAUUGCUUUGGCGAGGAGGACUGCUACUCGCUGGCGUUUGGGGUGCCCGCCAUCCUGAUGAUCGUCUCGAUGCUGAUCUUUGUGGCUGGGAAGCGACGCUACAAGCUGCAUCCGCCGUCGGGCAACAUGAUCUUCGGCGUGUCGCAGUGCAUCACGAACGCGUACAAGGGCUGGCGCCACAAUCGCCGGGACAAGCCGAUGAUGCACUUCCUCGACUAUGCCACGCCUGUCGUGGGCCAGCAGAUGGUGUACGAGACGAAAUGCUUGACCAAGAUCCUGCUGCUCUACGUGCCGUUCCCGAUCUUCUGGGCGCUGUCCGAUCAGCAGGGCUCGCGCUGGACUUUCCAGGCGACGCACAUGGACGGCUCGAUACUGGGCUACCAGAUCAAGCCCGACCAGAUGCAGGUGGUCAAUCCUCUGCUGAUACUCGCCUUUAUACCGCUCUUCGACUAUCUCAUCUAUCCGCUGCUCGCCCGCGUCGGCAUCAAGCGUCCGCUGCAGAAGCUCAGCAUUGGCCUGCUGCUCGCCGCCUUUGGCUUCUUUCUGUCCGCCGCCGUCGAGCUGCGCCUCGAGCAGCUCGAGCCGGCCGCAACGCCCUCCGCCCCGGACAUGGCCCAUUUGCGGCUCUACAAUGGGAUGCCCUGUCGCUAUGACUUUACCAGCGACCUGGUCAAGGAUUCCGACUCCGACUCGAUUGAGUCGCUGGGCAUGUGGUCGAAUCUGGGCCUGCAUGUGCCCCAGCCCAAGGAGUACACGUUUCUGGCCCGUCCACAGACCAAGCAAUGUCCCAGCAUCGAGGGCAGCAUACGCCUCGAGCCGGGCAAGUCCGUCAGCUAUUUCCUGGCCAAUGCCAAGCUCCAGGAGUUUCCCGACGGCCUGAGCAGUGCCCAGCGCAUCAACCGGCCCCCGCUGCUGCGCACCCUGGUAAACACGCCCGCGGGCGAGGGCCCCGUCCUGCUGAGGGCGCCCGUUUCGGGUGUGCCCGGCAUCAGGCUGGACAUUGGCAAUCUGACGGCGCUGCACGAGAUCUCGCUCGGCUACGGCGAGCUGGAUAUCAACGGGAAGCGCGCGGCCAGCUUCGAGGCCAAGAACGGCGGACUCUACAGCCUCCUGGUGCAGGGCAAUGCCCGCGACGGCUACCAAUACAACAUGCUGGAGGUGGUGCCGCCCACGUCGCUGUCCAUACUCUGGCAGCUGCCGCAAAUCGUGGUGAUGACCGCCGCCGAGAUCAUGUUCUCGGUGACGGGUUUGGAGUUCUCCUUUACCCAGGCGCCGGUCAGCAUGAAGUCCGUGCUGCAGGCCUGUUGGCUUCUCUCGGUGGCCAUUGGCAAUAUGAUUGUCGUGGUCAUAGCCGAGGUCAAGUUCGUCAGCACCCAGUCGGCGGAGUUUGCGCUCUUCGCCAGCAUCAUGCUGGUCAACCUGUUGAUAUUUCUGUUCCUCGCGCGCAACUACAAGUACAUGGAGAUGCCCAAGGUCGUCAAGGACGAGGAAAUCAACGAGCUUACGCUGCACAAUAUCGUGGGACAUCAGCAGGUGCCCAAUGUGAAGCGCGGCGCGGCUGGUGGCGGCGGCGGCGGCGAUGUCAUAGGCACGCCAGGACACGGCAGUUAUCGCAAUCAGGCCUAUGAUACUUACCUGGAGCCCUAAACCUGACCACCUGUUCACCUGUGCUAAAUAUACAAUUUGAAUUUCUCUUGCUCAACGAUUUCAAUUUCAACGGUUAGUUGGCGCGUCAAGUCUUGCGCUUGCCAGGGCUGCACGCCCAGCGCUGCCACCCGGUCGUAAAAACAGUGCGGCCAUACUAGUGUUCGUGUGAUUGGCAGCACUUAGUUGGCUGCUGCUGCUGCUGUGUUUAGUGCGCAGUGCGCGCGAUCGCCCACAUUAAAAAGUGAAAAAGUUGUCGAAAUGAGAGUUAAAAAUGAUUAAAUAAAUGUAUUAAAUAAAUGUGAAAGGUGAAUUUCUGUGAAGCUCCCUUGAACCAGCUGCAACUCGGUGAGUAGCUGCGUCACAGCUCGUGACGUCCGGAGCCCCAACCUGUGGAGAGAGGCGUCGCCCACGCCUGGAAUAUUUAGUCCAGCCAGAGAAUCGAAUUACAAUAGAGCUGCAAUCAAAAUCAAAGUGUGUCCUGUGCGAGAAAUGGCAGCAUUUUUGUGGUAUUAACAAAAAGCGAGUUUAUGCAAUCAACUGCAAAGUAACGCCGAGUUUUGCGGCAUUGCCAACAGCACAAAAAGGAAAUUAGCCAGGGCCUGGAGGGAGGGCUGGCCUACCUGGAAAGCGUGUGUAUACCUGAGAACAAAGGAAGCCGAAGAAGUAUCUGGAAAAACAGGACAUGCAGCUGCUGCAGGGCGCCUAAAAAUAGCCUCGGCUGCCUGCCUGCCUGUUGCCAGCCGGCUCGAACCCUCGCGACGACGACGAGCUGCCUCUACCUGGCAGGCUUAUGCCCGAGCGAGGCUAGCUCGUCGCUGUGCGCCGAGCGUCGGGCACAGUCGAGUGAAAACUCUGCAGCCAGCGACACGGUCUUCAUUCCAAAUUUAAUUUUUCAAUUCAAUUUUCAACUAGUUCAGGAUAAAGUGCAAACAAUUAAUUUUCAUAUUUCUGUGCUCAUUUUUGUUCAAGUGCCAAUUUUGAUUUACUGCAAAGUGUCCGAUUUAAAGUCCUUUUUGAUGUUUUGCUUCUUCUUUUUUGCUUCUCUUUUGCCUGGCAACUGUACCCAGGUUCUGCGUCAACUGCUUUCCGAGCUGCAAAGUGCGCAAUAUUCGAUGUAUAAUCCGUGUGCCUGCAUCAGUCCGCCUUGUGUGUCAUCGUAUCCAUCGAUCCAUCAAACCGAUAAACGGAGCUGCAAGCAGCGCUGAAAGAAGCAUUAAAGCAAAUCCCAACGGGCGGGUGCCGCGGGUGAGUAUGUCCCGGUUGGGGGCUUGUGGUGCCUCUGCUUUCCGAGGAACGGUUGGCAACUCCGCCGCCCAGCGAAAGGGCGGCGCGUGCGGGGCGUGUGCGGCUGCUGUGGGCUCAGAUCAAUCACACUCUGCGAUUGCGGGCGGGUGCACCUAGGCCAAAGGGGGGGGGGGAGAACUAAUUACGCUCUUGGAUGGAAGGGCGCGGCGAGCGAGUUGGACAAAUGGACAAUAGAUAAGCACAUCGAAUCGUGUCCGUUUGGUGCCGCACACACAACGAAAGCGAGACAAAGCGUAACCACAUACUUCUAUCGCGAGUGUGCGCGGCAGCACACGGAUGCGAGCGAGAUGGCGAUAGAGAGCAAAGAGUACAGAGAGCGCGUUCCUCUCGAACAACGCAACAGACAUAUGUCCAUCUCGCUCGGCGCGUGGCGGCGGCAACGAGCGUCAGAGCGGGACGGCCAUAUGCACCCAAACGCAAGAGCGGAGACCCAUCGAUAAGAACGCGAAAGCAAUACAAAACCCAUAAACGAUUACAGUUACACGCUGCAAAGUGUGUAUAACAAUAUAAUUUGCGGGUCGAGUACCCCCCCAUGCCGCGCGCGUUUCCCCCGCCAGCACAAGCCCCCGCACAACCGAGGCAGGCGCACAGUUCGGCGCCAGGCCGCGUUGGGCUCAAGCUUCCCUAAAAACCAGCCGAGCACACGACUCGCAGUUCAAUAUGAUUAUAUAUAUAUAUAUAUAUAUAUAUAUAUAUAUAUACAUAACAAAAUGGCCGCCAAGUGCCGUUAACCCACAUAUUCGAUCAAUUAUUAAACGCAUAAGCCGCAACAAAUGUCAUCGUAAUUCACACACAAAUCCAUCAAGCCGCAUCCCAUUUGGCAUGACUACGUCCGAAUAUUGUGCAGCAACAUUGCGUCCGAUCCAGAGUCCGUGUUUAGGCAGAGUAUUCCUUAGUUGGUUCUUUCUUCUUUUUUGUUUAGGCCGUGUCGCUGGGGCAACUGUCGCAUGGAGAAGCAGGCAGAGAGCCAGAGAGAGGGAGAAGAGUGCAAAGCGAUAAGUUGACAGUCCUGAAAUUCCUGAAAAAUCGCAGCUGCAAACGUUUUAAAGAAAAACACAAAAGAGUGAGGGAGAGAAGGAGAAGAGUGCCAACGUGUUCAAGCAGAACAUCAAAGAGAGGGAGAAAGGAAGAAGAGUGAAAUGAAAGAAGCUGCCUAAAAUUCCUUCAAAUGCAAACGUGUGUUAAAGCGGAACAUAAUAGAGAGCGAGAAGAAUGCACAGAGAGAAGUUGCCUAAAAUUCCUUAAAAAUUACAACGCAAACAAGUUCAAGCAGAACAUAAAAGAGAGCGAGAGAGGGAGAGGGAGAAGAGUGCAGAGAAUGAAGUUGCCUGAAAUUCCUUCAAAGGCAGACAAACAAGUUCAAGCAGAACAUAAAAGAGAGCGAGAGAGACGAAAAAUUGCUUAUGCAUGGACCCGGCCCCGGGACGCAGCUUCAAACGUGAUGUACCGUUAACGGAGCACAAAACAGUUACACCAUGCGCCAUAACCUCGAAAAAUUGAUUUGAAAAUUGUUAAAAUCGAGUUUUGUCCACUUUGAAAUCGCAGCUGGCAGCAUCGUUUGUCCUUUGAUUUAAUGCCAUCAACUCUUGAUUUUCCCAUGUACAUAUGCCAUAUGCCAUCCCAUACCAGCUGUGUGUCGUAUAAUAUGUACUUUGCUUGCAGCCGAGUUUCCCAGUUCCAGUUGCGAGUUGCGUAAAAUGCCCUUUUCAAAGCUGCUGCCCGGUGAGUUUUUCCGACUUCGAGACGGGACGUAACGCCGGCCUCUCUGCGGGCAAUUGCCGCGUCGCCUUUGCCAAUGCCAAAGUAAAUCAAUAAAUCAAUCAAACAAUUAAUUUGAAAUGGAACAAAAAUUGUCCACGUUAUACGUGGUGUGCACACUUAGCGCAGGAGUUUAAAUAGGAAAAAAAAAAAAAUAUGCAUGCAAAAAACAAAAAAAAAAAAAAAACAAAAAUAAAAAGAAAUUCAUUUUGAGGAGAGUUUUCGUCGCGUUUUCGAACGCGCCGUAAACGAAGAAUUUAUGAUAAAAAAAAAAUGAGCAGAAAAUGAAAUGGAAAAAACGGCAAACCAGUUGCUCGCGACACGUGUGAGUCGCGCAGUUGGUUUGCCAAGUCAAAGCUAAUCAUCAAAAGCGUUGCUUUCGAUAGAUCGAUAACAAAACAACAAAAAAUGGCGCUCAAUUGUGCACAUCACAUCACAUCAAGUGGAAAUACCGCGUUUUAGGAGAGUCAGCCUGAAAACAAGGCGGAAAGGAGAGACGCGCGCAAUUGCCGGGCCUGGUCGGGCGCGACGUCUUCUAGGCGAAGCCCCCAGUAGAGCGAAUUGGGCCUCGUUAUUAACCUAUUUCCAUGCUGUGUUCUUUCAGAUGAGCUUGUCUCUAGACGAAACUAGGCGAAACUUGGAGCCAAUCGGAGCCAAAGUUUUCCUUUUCCUUCUUACUUUUCCAUUCCAUUCCGUUUUUUGCCAAAAGCCUGCCGCGAUUUCAAAGCCUUCCAAGCAACUGUCCAAAUUGAAUUUGAUUCUCUUCUGCAAACUGUGCUCCUUUCCGGUACUUCACACCUGCUGCGUCCCUCUUUCUGGGGUCUAGAUAUGCAUGCCUUGCCAGACAAUCCAAAUCUAUAUAAAGUAGAAGAAACAAACUAUUUACAAAUUGAAUAUGACUUAAAGGUGCUGCCCUUUUAAAGUUCAAGAAAUGUUGCCAUAUUCGCGCAAGAUUUCCGCUGUAAUUUACCAUGAAGAUGCAAUGAGGAUUUAAAUGCCACGAGGCGUUGCCAUAUCAGCGAAGCGGCGUUACUGUAAUUUAACAUGAGGAUGAGAAGCGUUGUCGAACGCCAAGAGGCGUUGCCAUAUCCGCAAACAACAAGAUUUCAAAUGGCUUUUGCGCCAAGAGGCGUUGCCGUAUAUCCAUGAAGAAUUUCUUGAACCAACUCUGCCGCCAAGAAGCGUUGCCAGAUCCAACAGAAGAUACCCCCCAACUGUGUUUACUAAUUAUUAAAGUUUCUAUUUACAGCACGUUUUUUUCCUGGAGCCUGGAGUUCAACAAUUUUCAUUUUGUUAAAACUGUUCACAGUUUCUGUUCCUUUCCGUUUCGUUCCAUUCCGUUUCGUUCCAUUCCGUUUCGUUCCAUUCCGUUCCGUUGCGUUCUGUUCUCACGUUUCAGUUCGUAUUUGGUGUAUUUAACCCGUUCAGUUCCAGACUUUCAAUUAACCCAAGAAUGCCAUACACCAUAUGUUUUCAUCCACGUUUCUUCUUCUGUUUCUGUUUCUGUUUCCAAUCGUCUCACAAUAUCCACUGCACAUUCACAGACAUCUCACAAUCACAUCCGAUCGUCGUUGUUAGGCACCGCGUCCGUUUUAGUACUUCUAAAUUUUGCGAAUCGUGCCUGCAAAGAGAUAGAUAUUCGAGUAAAAAGCGAAAAGUAAAGAAACGAAUUUUUGAAUUGCGUAAAAUAUUUUGAGAGCCGUGUGCGAAGCAUUCAAUAUAAAAUGCUUGGAGCUCGGUUCGUAUAUAAAUAAUAAAAGUAUUCAAGUAAAUACUGCCGGAUAUAUAUAAAUGUUUUACGCAGCUCGAAAAAAAAUAUAUAUCGAAUAAUUAAGAAAAUCGAUUGUGUAUGGAAGCGUUAUACGCGGCCACAUAAAAUCGCGUUAAAAAAAAAGAUUGAAAAAAAAAAAAAUAUAUAUGGAAACGUUAUACGUCCGAGCCGAA